UGAUAGGUUUUGUAAUUAGUUUGAAACUAAUUUAUCUUCCCUCCUUCCCAAAUUAAUUCCCGCACAAUCCUUCCGCCCAAUAUUUGGAUUUCCCACACACCAACACCAGAGCUUAACUUCCCUUUCCCUAACCUAAUUUGUUCACUUCUCCCCAGGACCCCAGCGAUUAUCUGUGUUUUGCCUCCAUGGCAUCAGUUCUAGGAAGCAACCAUGAAGGAGAUUCCAGAGCCUGAAAGACAUUACUGGUGUGCUGAGUUGUUCCAUAAAGCAAAUCAAAAUCGCCGGUGAUCCAAGGGAUACCAAGCACGACUAGAGGAUCGCAACUUCAACUCCUUCAAUUUUAGUAAUGGACAGAUCAUGGAUGUACCUUGCACCAAGAUCAAGUCAAACUUUUGUUAAUGGGGUGCACACGUUCUUGAAUUUUGCAUUUGAGAGAGCUUGUGUCAAUGGGGGGAAAAUAAAAUGUCCAUGUACAAAGUGUCUAAAUAUGAAAUAUCAGAGUAGACAAACUGUUCUGGAUCACCUCAUAUGUUCAGGGUUCCGGCCUGAAUACUUGAAUUGGGUAUAUCAUGGGGAAGGCGCAACGGUUGCAUCGAGGAGCACAACCCAUAAUGAUGACGAAGAGAUACUUCGCCAUGAAAUGCAUGAAAUGUUGGAUGAUAUAUUUGAAACAGAAGGUGGAAGUGGAGUGGGGAUACAUGAGAAUGCUUGGAAUAAUAGUCAAGAGACGAACAAUAGAAGAAGCAAAUUUGAUGACCUUGUUAAGGAAGCCGAAGAAAAUGUGUACCCGAAUUGCAAAUACAGCAAGUUAUCUUGUGUGGUGCAUUUGUACCAAAUAAAAUGUCUCGGUGGAUGGAGUAACACAUCUUUCUCUAUGUUAUUAGACUUUUUAAAGGAUUUGUUACCUAAAGGAAAUUUGUUACCUAAAACAACACCACAAGUGAAAAAAUUAAUGGCCGACAUCGGAUUAGGAUAUGAAAAAAUACAUGCAUGUCCUAAUGGUUGCAUGUUGUUUUGGAAUGACAAGGAGAAAGAUGAAGUGUGUUCUUUUUGUGGAUCUUCUAGAUGGAAAGUUCAUGAAGCUAAUCCAGAACACGAAGUAAAUCCUCCCAAGAGGAAGGCUUUAAAAAUAUUACGAUGGUUUCCCUUAAAGCCUAGACUUCAAAGAUUGUUUACGUCAUCAAAGACGUCUAACCUUAUGAAGUGGCAUCAUCUAGAGCGUGUAAAAGAUGGAAAAUUGCGGCAUCCAGCAGAUGCAUUAGCUUGGAAAGAUUUUGAUGAAAAGUUUCCUGAAUUCGCUACUGAUCCUCGCAAUGUUCGUCUAGCUCUGGCAACUGACGGCUUCAACCCAUUUAGGACAAUGAAUUCGGUAAAUAGUAUUUGGCCAGUUUUUCUUAUUCCAUACAACUUACCACCAUGGUUGGUUAUGAAACAGCCAAAUUUUAUUCUUUCUUUAAUCAUCCCGGGUCCUAAAAGUCCUGGAAACAAGAUAGACGUGUAUAUGCAACCUUUGAUUAAGGAAUUGAAGGAGUUAUGGGAGGAUGGAGUUAAUACAUUUGAUGCCUCAACGAAACAAUACUUCAUGUUGAAGGCUUCUAUUAUUUCUACCAUAUCAGACUUUCCAGGUUAUGCCAAUCUAUCUGGGUGGAGCACUAAAGGAGAACUUGCAUGUCCCGUAUGUGGUUUUGGUACUGAAUCCAAAUGGCUAACUCAUGGAAGAAAGUUUUGUUACAUGUGUCAUAGGAGGUGGCUUCCAUCUGACCAUAGUUGGCGUUCAGAUAUUAGAUCGUUUGUUGGACGCCACGAAUUCAGAGUUGCUCCUAUUCCUCCUUCUGGAGAGGAGGUUCUACAACAAGUAGGCGACAUAGAAUUUCUUGUCGACAAUGAUGUUCGUAGUCCAUGGAAAAAGAAAAGUAUUUUUUUUAUGUUGCCAUAUUGGGAGCAUCUGCUGUUGCGUCACAAUCUUGAUGUGAUGCACAUUGAAAAGAAUGUUUGUGACAACAUAGUGGGGACUUUAUUAGGACAAGAAGGAAAGUCGAAAGAUAACUAUAAAACAAGACUUGACUUACAAGAAAUGGGUAUAAGAAAAGAAUUGCAUCCAAAGAAGCGGCCUAGAAGUAGUAUCACUUUCAUGCCAAAAGCUUGCUAUCAAAUGACUCGAGGUGAAAAGGCUCAAUUUUUAACAACCCUUAAGUCAAUCAAGCCUCCUGAUGAAUUUUCAUCCAAUAUCUCUCAAUGUGUACACUUAAAUGAGGGCAAGCUAAUUGGGAUGAAAAGUUAUGACUGUCACAUGUUGAUGCAAGAGUAUUUGCCGAUUGCAUUACGUGGAAGUUUGCCGGAUCAUGUAAGCUCGGUUAUAAUCGAGUUAUGCGAAUUUUUAAAGACCAUUUGCUACAAGGACUUAUCUGAAGUUGAUCUACAUUUUCUCGAGUCUAAAGUUCAUCUCACUUUAUGCAAACUAGAGAAGAUAUUUCCUCCAUCAUUCUUUACUAUAAUGGUUCACUUGGUGAUCCAUCUAACGAGAGAGGUUAGGCUUGGAGGUCCUGUCGCAUUUCGGUGGAUGUACCAUGUUGAAAGGGACCUUCUAAAACUUAAGUCAUACGUUCAUAAUCGAGCUCAUCCCGAAGGAUCAAUUGCUGAAGGCUAUUUAGCUGAGGAAAGUAUAACAUUUUGCUCUAGAUAUCUAUCCAAAGUAGAAACUGUUUUUACUAGAGCAGUUAGGAACGAUGAUGAGGGUCACCAAAAUCACAUCGAAGAAUCCAACAAUCUUUGCCCUGGUCGUGCCUUAGGUCGUAAAUUGGAUUUGGGAGUACCUAUUCGCAAAAGAAGGAGAUCUUCAAAUUCAGACAUUGAUGAGAAGUCUCUCACUCAAGCACAUCGCUAUGUAUUAUUCAAUGUUGAGUCAGUUACACCUUUUCGAGAGGAACACAAACGGAUAGUCAAGGGACAAUACGGUUCUCGUCGGAUACCAGAUUAUGAAAUGAGCAAGAUUCAUGGCCAACAGUUUGCUGACUGGUUCAAGAAAAGGGUUGCACGUUUGGAAGAGCAAGGUGAUGAAGUAACUGAAGAUCUAAAAUGGCUUGCUCGUGGUCCGCUUAGAAGUGUGAAUCGAUACUCUGGAUACCUUGUUAAGGGUUAUCGUUUUCAUACAAAAAGUCGAGAGAAGUCACUAAAAACCCAAAACAGUGGUGUUGUUGUUACUGUAGAAGGUGAAAAUUAUGCUAGUAGUCGAGAUAGAAGGCCUGUUCAAGGUGUGGUUAACUACUAUGGUAAAUUGAAUGACAUUAUUGAGUUAAACUACUCAGGUCAAAUACGAGUAGUUUUAUUCAAAUGUGAAUGGGUUGAUAUCAAUAGGGGCUACAAGAUAGAUAAUGGUGUAACAUUGGUAAAUUUCUCAUACAAGGCACAUAUAGGGGCUAGUUUAACUGAUGAUCCAUUUGUAUUGGCAGCACAAGUUGAUAAGGUGUUCUAUGUCACAGAUCCCAAGCAUAAAGACUGGGAGGUUGUCAGAUUUGUAAAAGUAAGAGAUGUAUUUGACAUGGGAGUUCUUGAUGAUUGCACAUUUAAUGUGCCUAAUUUGCAUAGGAUUGGGGAUGAUGGUGAAGAUGGCAUUGACAUUACACCUGAUAUGGAACAUGAAGUAGAUGUUGAAGAAAACGGCGAUGAGUCUUUUUUUUAAUUAGUUACAAAUAUUAUGUUGUAAACCUUUGAUGUAACUUUGUUUUCGGAAUUUAGUAUUAUGUGGUGAGUAUGUUGACUUUAGGAUGUUAACCUAUGAGGUCGACUUUCUGAUUUAGUUCACUUAGAAUGCUAACUUUCUGUUUGAAUA